AGCACGACAAGCAGCAACAUGAACCAACUGACCGCAACCAUUUUCCUGGCAGUGCUGGGCAUGAGCUCUGCAGGCCUGCUUCAUGGACUUGGACCCCUGCAUGGCCCAAUUCUGCCUGGACCAGGACCUUUGCCUGGACCUGGACCACUGCCUGGACCUGGACCUCUUCCUGGACCAGGCCCCCUGAGGCUAGGACCUGGACCCCUGCCAGCCUAUGCACCUGUGCAUGGUUAUGCCCCCCUGCAUCUUGGCCCUGGCCCCUUGCCUGGACCAGGCCCCUUGCCUGGACCUGGCCCUCUGCCUGUACUGGGACACCUGAGGUUGGGCCCUGGACCCCUCCCAGGCCCACUGCCUGGUCCUUACCCUGGUCCUCUGGGUCAUGGACCUGCUCCUCUGUGGCAUUAA